AGUAUCUGAGGAACGGAUUGUAGCUCCGAUCCUUUUUCUUUCAUCAUUCCGACGUGUGUGUGCGUGUGUGUGUCUAACAGAUAGUAAGGAAAAGCACCAUACCGAGAUUUCGUUUGUGGUGGUUGUAAGGGUUGCGGACGCGACGUCAGUUUUCAUCACCGCGUCCAAACUCCAUAUAGACAAUUGGGCUCUUUGCCUUGUGUCGCAGAAGACUCUCUCACCCACGUAAAUUAACCUUCUACAGCCACUGCAGUCCCUGACGCAGAGCGCUCAUCCGCUGGAGAGAAGAAAAAAGGUAGGUCUCAACGACAUCGUCUUCCUAUUCGUUUUGCAGUUCAAAUCGCAUGUCAGGUGAACAUAUAUAUAUAUAUAUAUAUAUAUAUAUAUAUAUAUACUUGAUAUCUUCUUUGUUGUCCCUUUCCGUUUGUCAAUUGGCGCUGCGAAGCUACUGAUCUUCUCUACGGAUGCGCCGCAGUACCCUGCAAAGAGCGCUCCAGCCAGCGCUUUGUAGCGUGCUCAGCGGAGACUGCCCAGACUUCUUGCCGCUUUCGCGACCAACUCCCCAUCCGGAAAGGCCGCCGCACAGCGCCGCAUCGACCGCCGGUGUCACCUCCUGCACACUUGCCUUCAGCUCCUCAGCUGUGCGGAUCGUCAGUAGCACGUGCAACGUACUUGCUCACCGAAAUGCAUGCCUUCUAACCACUGCGCGGUGGCAGACGGCGCCGAGCAUAGAGACCAACGCAGCCGCCACAGCGAAGGGUUUAUCACGAAAACACAGCGCCGAGGACGGCACGCAUGGCGUUGAUGGCGAUGACGCGGACGCGCUGCCACCUUCCGCAACAUCUUCUUCUUCCCCAUCUAGCAAAACCACCACAACGAAGACGGUGAGAACACCCAGAGCCUCGGCGAGGAAGGUGUCCGCCAAGUCGGCCACGGGACGAAGAACAACCGCAACGGACGUCGAAGCCGCGACUGGCAAGACGCACGACGCUGCUUUUGACCUCGUCGGUGCAUUGCAGAAGGUAAUGAAGCCGGUUAGCCUGCGGCCAGGCGUUGAGGCAGCGAGAGGCUACAAAGCCAGGAUGCGGAUGGGAGCCGCCCAACGGACGAAGGAAAGCGAGGACGCCGCCGUCGACCUCGAGCACCCGUGGCGUAGUACCGCGGCGAGUGGGGGCAACGACGGGAUCGCCUUCUCCGACUCGGUCGCCGAGUUGUUUGUGUUGGAUGAAGAAAAGCACGACGCGGCGUCGGAUGACGUACCUGCAGAAGCGGACGAGAACGACGUCGACGGCGCCCCCGCAGCACCAAGCCCUUCCUCGCCCUCUCCCUCUUUUUCUUCGACUCCCCUCCAGAAUAAUAACGAGGAGUACGCGGGAGCAGGAAGCGCCGCGCAAAUAGACGAUACCCUCAUGGACGACCCCUUCCACGUUCCCAGCGUGGACGACGAUGCACUGUCCCGCGACGGCGGCGCGGCUGCUUCCUCUUCCGCUUCUGUCAUUGGCCGCCUUGGUGCAUCAGAGGCAGCCGCCAACCAGAGUCCCAUCAACGAAGCCGUUCUCGCCGCCGUCGACCUGCUCUGCGACGAUCUCUUCCACUGCAAGACAGACGUGCUGGAGUUGUUUACCCGCACCCGCGGCGGCCGCGCGGGGAGUAAAGCGGAGAUGGUGUUGCAGCUGGUGGAGCGGGCGCACAAGGAGGCGCACGGCGAAAACAAGGACCUCUCUCUCACCCGCCAGGUCUUGGGCGACGUCUUCGAUGACACGGUGCGCACGAGCGGUGUGCGAUCCACGUGGACGAACAAGUCCCUCGAGGCCUCGCACGUGGAAAUGGCGUGUGAGCGGCACCUCGCCUUUCAGAUGAUGGCGAACUCGAAGAAGACGUUCAUGGUGCGGAACAACGUCGCCGAGGCGUCGCGGGUGCUGCGCAAGCUGACCCGCCUUUUUCAGGAAGAGCAGGAGUACCUCUCGGUGGUGGCGGUGGGCGGCGUCUUUCGCAAUUACCGUGCGGAGGCAGACGAACUAGUGCGGUCGAUGCCCGUUGCCGAGCUCGUGAGCCCGUUUGCCAGCUUUCUCGUCUCGUACGUACGGUUCGGCUCCAGUGAAACGCUCGUGAGCCGCGAGAACGUCAACAACUGCCUGACGCAGCUGGAACUCUUCCAGCCCACCAUACAAGAAAUGGACGACAUCGCGACUCUGCAGCGCUUGAUGGAACUGCUAGACCCGGCGGUGCGCGCGAUCGAGUUGGAGAACGCCUCGCUGGAGCCAGGGAAGAAGGCGCGGUAUUCGUACCACUACCCGCAGGCUAUCGUCGCCACGGCGCGGGCCUUCAGUGAGGAGUCGCACACGCGGUGGAGCACCAGCGCCGCCCCGGACUGGGUGCACGACCUCGCCCGGCUCUUCUGCAAUUGGGAGACCAUCGUCCGCACCGACCUGCCGCGCUUCGAGGACGUGCCGCGCUACUUCUUCGACUGCAUCCUGGCCGGCGUCGUGGACUACUACGUGCUGCAGCGCGUGUACGGCGACGCUGCCCGUCCUGUCGACGUACCGCAGUGGAUUCGGCUGUCGUUGAAGGCGGCGCUGACGGAGCACCUGACCAACGAAGAAAACGUGGACGGUGCACUGGCAGAUCUGCUCUCCUACGUGCAGGCCGGCAGUGUGGGGCAGGCCAAAACGGUGCAGGGCGAAUUCUUCCAGAUGGUGCUCUCGCAGAUGCAGGGUGCCUUUCAGGAUCUUCAGGAAGAGCGGUCCGCUCUCCAUGACGAGCGGGUCGCCGUCAUCUUGAAGAGCGUCUGCGAGACCGCCUCCCACUGCACCCGCUCCCACGGUCUCUUCUCCCUUCUCGUCCGCAUCACUGAGGAUGUUCACUUCCACCUGCGCUUCCAGCGUGUGUUCAAGAAACUCAAUGGGAGCGAUCGCAUGACGAUUCGCACCAAAUCUGGCAUCAAAAUGGAGAAGACGCUCACCUAUUUUGAGGCGGAGUACAACAUAACUCCUCUCUCCACCAAAGCGGUCGGCUUCCUCGUCGUGCAGCUGCUGUAUCUUUCCCUCCGCGGUGAUGGCAGCAGGCGUCCAGUGCUGGAGCGUUUCGCCAGCGUCGCCGGCCCGGCGAUGUUGGAUGUGGUGGGGCUGACGGAGACGAAGGCGCUCAGCGUGCGCGACCUCCGCAUCGCCUUCCCGCCUCAGCUCUCCUACAACUCGUGGCUGAAUGAGUCCGACACACGGGAGAAGUCCGUCUACAACGUGCUGCCCUCCGUCGCGGUGAAGGGGUCGACAAAUCAGGCGAUGAUCAUCUCGCAGGCGCCGAUGAUGAAGGCCCUCGACGCCAUCUCGCGUGUGCCGUGGCGCAUCAACAAGUACAUGCUGCACGUUCAGGAGGCCAUCGUGCGGGAGGGCUUUGGCUUCGGCAAAAUCCGUCCCGGCUUCUACCCGCUGCAUUACUACUCCAUGAGCGACGGCAGCAUUCGCUACCCGUCCGAUCGGCGGCGCAGCUCGGGCUUCGACGGGGCGGAGCACGAACUAGACGAUGGCGAUGCCGACAGCAGCGGAAGCAGCGACACAGUCUUCAACAUCCAGCAGCGUCGCCAGAUGCAGCUCCAGAUGAACAUGGAUUGGAAAGAGCUCAGCGAGCUGCGCAGCAGCCGCACCCACUACUUACAGGCGCUGCGCCAGGCGCGGUCGAUUCUGCAGUUCUCGCACAUUUACUUCCCUAACAGCAUGGAUUUUCGGGGUCGCAUGUACCCCCUGCCCGGCCGGCUGAAUCACACCGGCUCCGACCCGUUUCGGGGGUUGCUAGAGUACGCGGAGCCGAAGCCGCUCGGCAGCGUCGGCCUGUACUGGCUCAAGGUUCACCUCGCCAACAAGAUGGGCAUGAGUAAGCUCUCCUUCGACGAGCGGGUGCACUACGUGGAUGAGCACAUGGAGGACGUCGUGCAGAGCGCGGAAAGUCCGCUGCAGGGCGACCGGUGGUGGCAGGAAGCGAGCGAGCCGCUGCAGUGCCUGAUGGCGUGUAAGGAGGUGGCGAACGCGAUGAAGUGUUCGCAGGGGCCCGAGAAGUUCCUCUCCCGUCUGCCGGUCGCUGUGGAUGGCAGCUACAACGGUUUGCAGCACUACUCAGCGAUUGGCCGCGACGCCUUCGGUGCCGCGCUGGUCAACCUCGUCCCGAGUGAGCGCCCGGCCGACGCCUACACCGGUAUUUUAAAGGAAAUGCUCAAGUCGAUUGUCGCGGACGCCGCGCGGGACCACCAGGUAGCGCAGCGCUGCCUCGGCACCGGCAAGGGCCAGGACAAGGACCACAUCAAGCGAAAGACGAUUAAGCGGCCGAUCAUGACGCAGGUGUACGGCGUGACCGCCUUCGGCAUGUCGGAGCAGAUCUUCGACGAGCUGCAGAAGCAGAACAAGAGCCACGGCCUGUGGACGCACACGGACAUGAAGGAGAUGGCGGCCUACCUGCGCGACAAGGUGCUCGAAUCGCUCGGUGUCACGUUUCGCGAGACGCAGAACUGCCGUCGCUGGAUCAGCGAGGUGGUGCAGCUUAUUUGGAAGGUGCAGCCGCCCGAGCUGCGCAACGCGCUGUGCUGGACCACGCCGCUUGGCCUCGUGGUCCGCCAGCCAUACAAGGUGCGCAACGAGUGUUCUCUCUUCACCACGAGCGGCUACGCGCGGAUUCCCGGGGACUCGAUUGCACCGGCGAGCCGCAAGCAGCUGACGGCAAUAGCGCCCAAUCUCAUCCACUCUCUCGAUGCCACCCACCUGGCCAUGACGGCGCUUGAAAUGCAGCACCAAGGGCUCUCCAUGAUGGCCGUGCACGAUUCAUACUGGACCUACGCCUGCGAUCUGCCGAAGUUGUCGCAGGUGUUGCGGGAGCAGUUCGUGAACUUGUACUCCAAGUACGACCCUUUGUGGGAGCUGAAGGAGCAAUGGGAGGAGACGUACUUCAUGGAUCUGCGUCGGCACGGCGUGAAGCUGCCAGAACCACCAAAGCGAGGGGAUCUGGAUCUCAACUUAGUGCUGAAAUCGCCGUACUUCUUUUCGUAG